UCUGGUUUGAAUGCCUUCGGUUUAACGCGUUAUCUGUGGUCGAUACGUGCCAGAAUAUAUACUGUACAUGCGUCUAACAAUUUACCGCGAAUUCCUGUAACACUUGGCGUUUUAAGGGUGAUCUGCGUUGCGCCCCUGUAACACAACUAAAUGUUAAUUUAUGACGACCGCGCACGUAGGAAUAUUUUACGAAAACAUCUACAAUUUCACAGAUAAUAACACGACGUCGAAUAUAAUGCCGUUGGCGAAUUUGACAGUUCCUUGGUCUGAACAACAUAUACUCGAGAAGCAAGAUGUAGAUAUCCUCCCAGCAGAGUCUCAAGAGGAAAUGAUAAGUCAAGAAAAUGUGGUUGAUCCACCAUCAAAUGGGUGUUCUGAGUCUCAUGAGAUAGAAGUACGCGAAGUAGUAAGAGAUGGUCAUGAAAAGGCAGAUCCAUCCCAAUUUGAAUUGCUUAAAGUUCUGGGUCAAGGAUCUUUUGGGAAGGUGUUCCUGGUGAGAAAAAUUGUUGGAAAGGAUAGUGGAACACUUUAUGCCAUGAAAGUGUUAAAAAAGGCUACACUGAAAGUUCGGGACAGAGUUAGAACAAAAAUGGAGAGGAACAUAUUAGUGGAUGUUGAGCAUCCAUUCAUAGUUCGAUUACAUUAUGCAUUCCAAACAGAGGGCAAUCUCUAUUUAAUUUUAGACUUCUUAAGGGGUGGUGAUCUAUUUUCAAGAUUAGCUAAGGAGGUAAUGUUUACUGAAGAUGAUGUGAAAUUUUACUUAGCUGAACUUGCUCUUGCAUUGGAUCAUAUACAUAAACUUGGAAUUAUUUACCGAGAUCUAAAACCAGAAAAUAUUUUACUUGACACUGAAGGUCAUAUAUCUUUGACUGACUUUGGUUUAAGUAAACAACCUUUAGAUGAUUGUAAGGCAUACUCUUUUUGUGGUACUGUAGAGUAUAUGGCACCUGAAAUUGUAACUAGAAAAGGGCAUUCGUUUGCCGCCGACUGGUGGAGCUUUGGUGUUCUUAUGUUUGAAAUGUUGACUGGGGCACUUCCAUUUCAAGGUAUAAACCGAAAAGAAACAAUGACGCAAAUAUUAAAAGCAAAACUUGGAAUGCCACUUAAUAUUUCACCUGAAGCACAAGCACUUCUUAGAGUGCUGUUCAAAAGAAAUCCUGCUAAUAGGCUCGGAUCUGGUGGAAUAGAUGAGAUAAAAAACCAUGUAUUUUUUGCUACAAUCGAUUGGGAAGCGCUUUACAGAAAAGAAAUAAAACCUCCUUUUAAACCAGCUGUUAGUCAAGAAGAUGAUGCAUUUUAUUUUGAUAGUGAAUUUACAUGUAAAACGCCUAAAGAUUCUCCUGGGGUGCCACCAAGUGCUAAUGCCCACGAAUUAUUUCGUGGAUUCAGCUUUGUCGCGCCGUGCCUUCUUGAGGAUCACAUUAAAAUUCCUGAAUAUAAAAACAGUGAUAGUCUCAGUGCAACUUUUCCAACUUACGUGAGCCCCGUUCCUGUGACUGAUGAAUACGAAUUUAAACAUGAAAUUGGUAAAGGAAGCUACAGUACAGUUUAUUUGGCGGUUCAUAAAGUUUCCAAGGUGGAGUAUGCUGUGAAAGUAAUUGAAAAAUCAAAAAGAGAUCCUACAGAAGAGAUAGAAAUUCUGCUCCGAUAUGGAAGACAUCCGCAUAUUGUAACUUUGAGGGCUGUUCACGAAGACGAUAAGCGAGCUUAUUUAGUACUAGAAUUAUUACGUGGUGGAGAAUUACUCGAUCGUUUAUUACAAAGACGUAAUCUUACGGAAAAAGAAGCUGCCGAAGUAAUGCAUACAAUAGCUAGUGUAGUUCAUUAUCUUCAUGAAAAUGGAGUCGUUCAUAGAGACUUAAAGCCAUCCAAUAUAUUGUACUCGAAAACAGGAGAUGAUCCAACAACGCUUUGUUUAUGUGAUCUCGGUUUCGCAAAACAGUUACGUGCAGAAAAUGGUUUAUUAAUGACGCCAUGUUAUACGGCGAAUUUUGUAGCACCGGAAGUACUGAAACGUCAAGGAUAUGACGCAGCAUGUGAUAUUUGGUCACUCGGUGUUUUGUUAUAUAUUAUGUUAGCCGGAUACACGCCAUUCCGUAAUAGUCCUGGUGAUAGUGCAACAGACAUAUUAGAUCGUAUUGGGCCUGGUUACAUUGAUGUUGAAAGCGGGAUAUGGUGUCUAAUUUCGAAUGAAGCUAAAGAACUUGUCAAACGAAUGCUACAUGUUGAUCCUAAUCGAAGGCCUACUGCAGCUGCCAUAUUAAAAUAUCCGUGGAUUGCUAAUCGCCAUCGUCUUCCACAGAAAGUACUACCUGAUAGCACUAGGGAUCCACAUAGUUUAAAAAGAGCCGUAGCAGCGACAUAUAGAGCGAUGUCGAGUAGUCCGAGAUCACCCCAUAUUGGCCCCGUAGUUAUGUCUGAAUUGGCUCGACGAAGAACGCAAACUAAACCUACUGGUCCUAUCGAAGUUUAA